AUGAUUUCUCGUAGUGCUUCUGAGGCAUCAUUCAUUCUGGUAGGACCCGAACAAGCACAGGAGCAGGAGAAAGGUGCAAGUAUCUCGUCUUCCCUUUCGACUGCGACAGUCGACACACAAAUCCCUCACCCUUCGCCGGCAGCUGGUCUUCCAGCAGUCAGCCGUUCAUUUGCUCACGACUGGUCACGUAGAGGAACCGGGGGAAAGCUGUCACUGCAUGGACGACACUUUGUGGACGCACACGGGAGAGUGUGCAACCUCCGAGGCGUGAAUGUGUCAGGCAGCUGCAAAACCCCAGCGAACCAUGAUCACGACUCUUUCCUAGCAAACCACGCUGAAGUCACAUUCGUCGACCGUCCAUUUCCUCUAGAGGAGGCGCCCGAGCAUUUCGCUCGGUUGCGCAGAUGGGGCUUGACACUCAUCCGGUUUCUGGUAACAUGGGAAGCCAUAGAACACGCCGGACCUGGCGUUUAUGAUCUAGAAUACCUGGAAUAUCUUCGAAGCUUGCUUUCGCUUCUGCCGCAGUUUGGAAUUACCGCAUUCGUUGCGAUGCACCAAGACGUGUGGUCACGCUAUUCUGGUGGAUCUGGUGCUCCAGCGUGGACACUUGAAGCUGUCGGUUUUGACCUUCAUGGAUUAGAAGAGCCUGGAGCAGCGUGGCUGAAGGGAGUCAAGGGUGGAGGACAUGUUGAAGAAGAAAGAGGCUUGUGGCCUUGUGGAUACCAAAAGCUUGCCGCGGCCACGAUGGCGACUUGUUUCUGGGCGGGCGAUACAUUCGCGCCGAAGCUCAAGGUCAAACACCCUCAAGGCGAGGAAGUGUCGAUUCAGACUUUCCUUCAGUCAACAUUUUUGGAUAUGUGGGCGAUAGUCGUUAAGACGGUUGGCAAUCUAGAGGGCGUCCUCGGCUUCGAGAUUAUGAACGAACCCCAUAGAGGCUAUAUAGAACUUCAAUCUAUGCAUGAAUUCGAUUAUAAUACUGACUUGCAUCUCGGCCACGUCCCGACGGCUAUCCAGUCUUUCAUGCUGGGUGCAGGAUACCCUACAGAGGUUGGACACUGGACGCGUUCUUGGCCAUUCCCCACCCGUCUCACCUCCCAGAAGGUGAUUAACACUUCCAGGCAGAAAGCGUGGAGAGACGACGGACCGACCGAAGGUCGGUGCUUGUGGGAGAUGCACGGAGUGUGGGGCUGGGACAAAAGCAAGAAUACAAGCGUCGUGCUGCGGGAGAGCUAUUUCAAGAAACACCCGAUGACUGGGCAGAAGGUCGAAUGGUACACCGACUUCUAUUAUCCCCUUAUCAAUCGGUGGACGGAUCGCGUGCGGAGUGUAUCGAACGCAGAGAAGAUGGUCUUUUUGGAACCUAUACCCAACGAGUUUUGUCCCUCCUCCUGGACUGUAGAACGGCGGCCAUCAAACAUGGUUUACGCGCCUCAUUGGUACGAUCUAAACGCACUUUUUUCCAAGGCCUUUGGCGACUUCUCGGUGAACGUGCAGGGCCUUUCGAGGGGUAUGUUCAUCCUUAGAGCAUUGUACUGGGGCCAGCAAGGCGCCCGAGACAACUUCUCUCUGCAGAUUCAGAACAUUGUGGAGGAAGGAUAUAAGUCUCUCGGAGAGACGCCAGUUGUUAUCGGUGAAUGUGGGCUUCCCAUGGACAUGAACAAGGGCGAAGCAUUUCAGACUGAUAACUGGUUCUGGCAGUCACGCAUGAUGGAUGCCAUGAUCACCGCGCUGGAGCGCUCGCUAGUUGGUUUCACGCUGUGGAACUACAACCCAGACAACAGUGAUCAUACGGGCGACGAUUGGAACGGCGAAAACUUCUCUUGGUUCAGUCGCCGUCGCGCGCUGAGCGGUGCUUGGUUGGACCUUGCACAAGUGUCGCCUACCCUGGACAAUGGUGCGCGCAUCUUGCGCUCGGUGGUGCGUCCAUACCCAGCCAAGACCGCCGGGGUCCCACUACGGUUUGAUUACGAGAUCAAUACUGGGCAGUUUACGUUUGAAUGGGCCAAUCCUCAGACAUCUGGAAAGCAAGAUACCGCGAAUUCCGGAGGGCAUGCGAGCGUGAGGAGGCCGCCUCUCACGGACUAUCCGGCAUUGACAAGCAAGGAGACGGAGAUCUUCAUGCCGUCGAUACUGGCGCAUAGCCGGAAGGUGGUCAUCGCGGGGCUGCACCCGCAGGACAGUUACCAUUACGAUGAGUCCAGACAGACGCUUACCAUCAUCGCAGACGACGCGACCCCGGGCGUGGUGCACCACGUCACUGUCUCGCUGGAUCCGCCGUUAAAAGCGGUGUUUGAGCUUAACAGCUUCUGGAGCGACUUUGGUGCUCAUGUUACUGCGGCGAUGGUGCUCAUCUUUGCGUUCAUUGUGUACUCUGUGCUGUCGUACUUGGGUUAUUAG